AUUAAAUGUAAAAAUUUAUAUCAAUUAAGAAAUGUUUAUAUGGAAAAUUUAGCAAAUUUCUGUUCAAGUCAUGAUUUUAAAAAUAAUUUUAUCAUACAAUAUAGUGAAUCAUUAUCUUUACUUUGGAGAGAUAUUACUGAAGAACUAGAUAAAAUUUCUCUUAAUCAACUAUCGAGUAAUGAUUAUAAAAUAUUUCUCAGAGAUUCUAUUAUCCCAUGUGUUACGAAAAUUUUUGCCAACAUUCAGUUAUUGGAACAUCAACAACCACAGUUUCAUCUAGAUGCAAGUCGUUGUUUAAUGCAUAAACUGAUGCAAAUGAACCAUGAUUCAUUGCUAGGUCCAGCUUCAAUGGAAUGUUCACAAAUGAUAAUGCGUACAAUUCCUUCAGCAAGUCUUCCGGUUUCGCCAGAAUUCUCCUACAAACCGAACAUUUUUAUGACAAAUUCUUAUACAGAUUUAUGUAAAACACUUGAAGACAAAAUCAUUUCUACAAGUGAUAUUACAUCUGAUGACUCGAUAGAUAGUGGAUUGCAGGAUGAAAAUUCAUUCGAUUCAAAUCUGUCUGAAAAAGUCAAUGUUAAAACCGUCCAACAAGGUCAGAUGAGUAAGAGUUUGAGUGAAGUUCAAAUGAGUCAAACUCUGGAUGAUGCAGAUCGAUCAAUGUCUAAAAACUUUGCAAAGAAUAUAGAAAAACAGUUCAAUAAUAUGAUUAAAGAAAUUGAACUUCAACUUAGUACAUCCAUUUAUAAAGAAUAUGAUUCAUUAAUUCGAUUUCUACAAUAUCCAAUGAAUUUCAUUGAAAUACGAGAAAUAUCAACAUUAGUUAAAAGUGAUGAUUUUUCAUAUAAUUCAUUUAUAGCCUCAUUGGUGCAACAUGCAUAUGAUUUGAUUGAAUUAGGUUUAGAAAGUCAAUUUGUCAAGCUUUUACAAGUUUUUAUUUCCUUAUCUAAAGCACCUAUGAUGGAGUCUGUACCAUUAGAAAUGAAAUGGAGUUUGGAUGGAUUAUCGAAUACUGGUCAAAAUGCCAUACAUUAUUUUCUAUGUUCAAAUGGAAUUUGUGAUCUGAUUAUACGAUGUAUAGAAAAUCCUAAUACUUCUGAAACGAUUUUUGUCAUGGCAAAUGAGUUGGCGAUUAACCUUUUAAAGCACAGUAAUAAAUAUGUACAGGAAUGUUUCUAUAUUAUUCUGUCGAAACCUAAACAACAUGAAGAUUUCUUCAAUUCUAUGUUUCAACGUUUUCAUAAUGCUUAUAGUCAAAUGGAUAACUUAACAAAAAAUAGAUUCUUUUGUAAAGAAGAAUUUACAAAAACUACAAAUUAUUUAGAUUGUUUCAAUUCAUUAAUAACUGGCAAGAAUAUAUCAGUACAGAUAAGUUUACAAUUUUUACAAACUUUAUGUCGUAGAAACAAUUUAAGACUUCAGGAACUUUUGCGUGUUCAACCACAUAAUGUGACAAAUUUUAAUUUAAUUGAAGAAAUCAAGUCGUUAUUUAUUAAUUUGUGGAAAAUAAAUGAUAAGUUAAUUAAUGCUGCUACCUUUGACAGUAACAACGAAAACAGUUGUACUAAUGAUAGUAAUAAUAAUGAUACUCUGAACUAUUGUUAUAUUAAUCAUAAAACAUCACAUAGUAAACAGAAAUGUUUCAACAGUACGGAAAACAGUCCUUUGAAAAUUGUACAGAAUAAUAUGAACAUUAUGGAGCCAAUAACGAAAUAUCAAAGAAAAUUUAAUAAGUCAUUAUUCCUUGAAAUGAAUCACAAUCAACAAAGUGUGCAAAUUCAGAAAAAUAAUAACAACUCAGUACAUUUUAUUCAACCUGAAAUUAUACUACUUAUUUUGACUUGUCUAAUUGAAUUUUGUCAUGGUCCUUGUUUGAAUAAUCAAAAUGAAAUUUUAUUCGGAAGUUCGAAUAUUUUACACUUAUUAGUAAACUUAAUAUUGUGUACACCAAAAUGGAUUAGAAACAAUAAACUUGAAGACAUAACAUGUUCACUUGCUGAAAUUAGCUGUUUGUCAAUUAAGCUAUUGUUAGCUGUGUUGGAAGGUCGCCAUGAAGAUAAAGUUUAUCAACAACUAAUUGAACUCUGUCCAUUAGAUAAGUUAAUAAGUACAAUUCAUUAUUACCAUAUUUUGUCAGAGGAUUUAGAUUUUGCAACGAAUCAUCCACGUGAAUCAUUUCAUAAAUGCGGACAUUUGUUAUUUAUAUUGACACAAUAUUUGUAUAGAUGUUUCCCAGCAAUUUUUAAACAUAUGAAGACAUCUGAGGAUCAUGAUCAUCAUAUUAAUAAUCAAUUAUCAAGCUUCAAAUGGUCUGAGUCAAAUUUAUACAAUAAUACAGAAGGGAAAAAUUGUUUGCACGAAAUGAAAUGUACAGAUCAUAACAAUAUUCCAUUGAAUGGUACAAGAAAGUUGGAUUUCAAUAACACUAUUAUAAAACGUUUGAUUAAGGGUAAAAGUGAUAUUAUUUUAAGCCUUCAACAUUAUACCAUUAAUACAGCACAGAUAGAGAUCGUACGUGAAGACAAUAGAAUUGAACGUAUAGUUUAUCCAAUUCCUAAAAUAUGUCAUUAUUUAACUAAUUCUAAAAAACAUCAAUUAUUAGCAAUAAAUAAUAUGGAUAAUGAUUAUUCGAAAAUUCCUUCAUUAUUUAAAAUAAUUGAAGAGAUUUAUGCUGAAAUGUUAUCUGCUGAACAUAUGCUUAUUCAUCCAUGGAUUCACUGGUUUUCACUGCGAUCCCAAUGGAUAUCAGAUGCAAGUUUUUAUCGAACGUUAUGUUUGAACUGUUUAUUAAUUAGUUUCUAUCCAUUUCGAGGAGAAUGCUUAUCUUAUGAUUUCUAUAAUUUCGAAACUCAGAUUACUGUAAUACCAAUUGCUGUACUCGCUGUUGUAUUAUGCCUUUUGUCUUCAAAUCAAUUAUUAGUUCAAAUAUACAUUGGACUAGAAACUUUAUAUUUGUUAUUUGCUUGUGCUACUGAAAAUGUAAUUCUUGUAUUAGGACUAACUAAUUUCAUUUUCAGAUUUACCAAUCUAUUCAUUAUAUAUAAACAAUAUUCUCUUAUAAAAAAUUAUAAAAAUUGUUUAUUUUCUAAUCAAAUGAAUACAAAUGAAAUAAAUUGGCAAACAUAUUUAAACUAUAUAAAUAAUAAAGAGAAAACACUAUUGUUUCAUCCGAAAAAAACAUUCUCAUUUAUACAAUUAUCAUUAUUAAGGUGGAACAGUAAUAAUAAUAAUCAUAAUAAUCUCUUCUUAAUUGGUUAUGAAUUAUUGAAAUCUAUUCAUCAUCAAUUGUCUUUAUUUCAUUUCAAUAUUCCAAAUAUAAAUCAAUUACAUUAUCAAUUAAUACAUCAAUUGAUAUUGAUUAUAUUUACUGGUUUUGGAAUUGUGAUACAUCCAUUCUUUUAUAGUCUUGUAUUACUUGAUGUGAUCACACGUGAAGAGACGUUGUUGAAUGUUGUACGAUCAGUGACUAAAAAUGGUCGAUCAAUUUUCUUAACUGGGAUUUUAGCACUAAUCAUUAUCUACUUAUAUUCCAUCAUUGGAUAUGCUUAUUUUCAAAAUGAUUUUACUAUCGAAAUCGAUGUAACAAAUGACAAUGAAACUGUUGACAGUAUAGAACGUCGAUGUGAUUCACUACGUAUGUGCAUAUUGACAACUUUACGAGAAGGGCUACUAAAUGGUGGCGGAAUUGGUGAUGUACUCAAACGUCCGAGCAGUAAGGAUAAUUCAUUUCUUUUUCGAACAAUUUAUGAUUUAUCAUUUUUUGUUAUUGUUAUUGUUAUUAUAUUGAAUUUAAUAUUUGGUGUCAUUGUGGAUACAUUUGCUGCACUUCGUCAAGAGAAACAAAAUUCUGAAGAAUUAAAUAAAAAUCAUUGUUGUGUUUGUGGAUUACAUCGUUCAGCAUUUGAUCAUUCGAAUACAAGCUUUGAUGAACAUGUUGAAGUGGAUCAUAAUGUAUGGCAUUAUAUAUAUUUUAUAAUAUAUUUAAGAACAAAAUUAACCGAUGACUUAACUGGUCUAGAAAUUUACAUUGAUAAACUUAUCAAAGAAAAUGAAUUUAAAUGGAUACCACGUAGACGAGCUAUGACUUUGUAUAACAUAGAAAAUGGUUCUUCAGAAAAAUCUGAAGAAAUCACCGCAUUAACUAACUCACUCAACAAAACUGUCAAAGCGAUGGAUACACUUAAUGAAAGCUACCAAAAAUUGUCUAAACUGAUUAGUAAACAAUUUAUGGAAAAAUCUAAAGAACAAUUACUUUCUUCAAUGUUAAAUUCUGUUUCAAAUAAAAUGAACAUAGAAGAAUGAAUGAAUUCAUAAUCAAUGAAAAUAAUAACAAUAAACAAAUAGCAAGAAAAUCAUUGGUUUUUUGUUAUUAUUAUUAUUAUUGUUGUUUAUCUCAGGUUUUACUGCAUAAACCGAUGCUGUUGCUGUCGCUGCUACUGCUGCCGCUGAGGAUGAUGAUGAUGAUGAUUACAGUACUGGGAAUUAGCGAAACCCAUUGGACCCAAGCUGGACAGAAAAGGCUAACUACGGGUGAGAUGCUGCUAUACUCCGGUCACGAAGAGGAAAAUGCUCCACACACUCAUGGAGUCGCUCUUAUGCUGUCCAAAGUAGCACGAAAUGCACUUAUAGACCAUAUUUGCAUCAACAAAAAAUUCCGAAGGACAAUGGAAGAUGUGAGAACCAGGAGAGGUGCUGACGUAGCUUCAGAUCACCACCUAGUUGUAGCCAAUUUAAAACUGAAGCUAAAAAAGAACUGGACAAAAGCAUUAACUUCAACGUGUCACGAGGUUCUGGGGCUCAAGAAGCAUCAUCAUAAGGAAUGGAUCUCUAUAGAAACACUGGACAAGAUCAAAGAAAGGAAGAACAAGAAGACAGCAAUUAACAACAGCCGAACACGAGCAGAGAAAGUCCAAGCACAAGCUGAAUACAUAGAAGCAAACAAGCAAGUGAAGAAGAGAAUUAAAGCCGACAAGCAGAAAUACACUCGCAACUUCGCGAUCAACAAGCUGGAUUCUGUAGGGAUCGGUUGUGAACACACCAAAUUGCGACACUACGGAUCAUCGUCGAACAAUCAAUUGAGUGGAACUCAACACUAUUCAUCAACUUCACUGAUUAUGAAAAGGCAUUUGACAGUGUAGGUAGGAGGACGUUACGGAAACUUCUUCGACACUACGGAGUCCCUGAGAAGAUUGUCAAUAUUAUCCGGAACUCAUACGACGGACUACAGUGCAAAGUAGUGCAUGGAGGACACCUGACAGAUGCAUUCCAAGUAAGGACCGGAGUCAGACAAGGCUGUUUACUCUCUCCCUUCCUCUUUCUUCUGGUGGUCGACUGGAUUAUGAAGACCUCGACAUCUGAAGGAAAACACGGAAUACAAUGGACAGCUCAAAAUCAAUUAGACGAUUUGGACUUCGCAGAUAACCUAGCCCUCCUAUCACGUACACACGAACAAAUGCAGAUAAAGACAGCCAGUGUAGCAGCAGUCUCUGCAUCAGUAGGCCUCAGUAUACAUAAACGGAAAACCAAGGUCCUCAAAUUCAAAGCGGAGAACAGCAAUUCAAUCACUCUUGUUGGCGAAACUCUGGAAGAUGUAGAAUCCUUCACAUACCUAGGAAGCAUCAUCGAUGAACAAGGAGGUUCAGCUGCAGACGUAAAGGUGAGGAUUGGCAAAGCAAGUGUCGCAUUCCUACAACUGAAGAACGUAUGGAACUCAAAACAACUUUCAACCAAUAUCAAAGUGAGAAUCUUCAAUACGAAUGUCAAGGCAGUUCUAUUGUACGGAGCUGAAACUUGGAGAACUACAACAACCAUCAUCAAGAAAGUACAAGUAUUUAUAAAUGGUUGUCUACGCAAGAUACUCAACAUCCAUUGGCCGGAUACCAUCAGCAAUAGCCUUCUCUGGGAUAGAACAAACCAGAUUCCAGCUGAUCAGGAAAUCAGGAAAAGACAAUGGAAAUGGAUGGGACAUACAUUACGCAAAUCACUAAAGUGCAUCACGAGACAAGCCCUAACUUGGAAUCGUGAAGGGAAGCGGAAAAGAGGGAGACUAAACAACACAUUACGUCGGGAAAUAGAUGUCUAUAUGAGAAGGAUGAAUAACAACUGGGAAAAACUGGAAAGGAUUGCCCAGGACAGGGUUGGAUGGCGAAUGGUGGUGAGCGGCCGAUGCUCCUUCACGAGGAGUAACAGACGUAUGUAACUAAGUUUUUUGUUUUAGAGCUAGAUACUAAAUAUUAGCUUGUAAAUUUUAACCAAUACAAAAGAUUUAUCAACAUGAUUUAGUCUUAUGGAUGUGUUAUUUACAAUUACAACGUUUCUCUUUGUAUUUAUAUAUGAGACACUGAUUUGAAAUUUCUGCUUAUUCCAAAUCUUCUGAAACUAUAAAUAUGCUUUGCUGAUAAGCAUUUAGUGUCAGUCAUUAUUUUAAGCCCAUAUACUUUAUUCUAGCUUUUGGACAUUCUAUUCAUUCUACUUGAGUCAUAUUUUGACCUUGUCAAUUAUCCGCUUCAGUCUUGACUGUUUUUAUAUGAGCGUAUAUGUGUGUACACUUCAUAUCCUAUGACUCAACACAUGUCUGUAGCUUUAUUUUGUGUGCCUACAAAUAUUGAGUAACGCUUGACUAAAAUGGAGUUGGCUUCCCUGCGUGUCAUUUUGCUUUGCUAUGUUUUAUUCGCUUCAUAUACAAAAUAUAUGUAUUCACAAGUCAAUUCUCAUUAUUCAACUUAUUUAAUUCCGUUAUUGACUAAUGCGAUUCAAGUCGACGAUGAUAUACGAGGAUAGGCGAUAGCAAACAUCCAUACAAUCUAAAUAGGAGUCAGAUCCACGGGGCCACUAAAACGACGAGCCCUUCAACGAACAUCGUCUGAUCAGAAUGACGGCAAAUAAAAGGGCCCCACUAAAAUGGUGAGCCUUUCGACGAAUAUCGUCGAUCUAAAUGAGGACAAAAUCAAACUAUGGGCCUCCACUAAAAGCAACAGGUGUAUAG